GUAAGAUGCUGACACCAACUCCCUCCCCUUGUAGCUGGUCAUGUGGAUGUCGCCUCGCUCCCUGGGGUACUUCCAUAUAAAGAGGCCCACUGCAACUCUAGCCCAGGACCGCACUGGAUCACGUAGACCGGAGCAUUACAGCUGUGUUUUAAGGAUCAACUUGCUUUCCGGAGAUAAGAGACAUCAUGCAUUCUGUGAUGAAAUGCUGGUGGGCCCUUAGUAUCCUCCAUCUAUCUCAUGGCCUGGUACAUGGGGACAUGCCAUUGGACGGUGGCCAACCAAGCCACAGGAGGCUGGAGCCCUCCUAUAUUUCAGAGAUUGUCAAGACUCAACCCUCCAGGGUAGACUCUGAUAUCCUUGAAGCAGACACUGUGGAACAGUUGAUGAUCGAUGCCCAAUCUUAUGAUGAGGACACCUCCCAGGAGAUGACGGAAGCCUUGCAGCUCCAGAGCAGGACCAUGCGCUCCCCCCGCCGCUGUGUGCCCCACCAGCAGUCGUGCCUGGGCCACCAGCUGCCAUGCUGCGACCCCUGCGACACAUGUUACUGCCGCUUCUUCAACGCUAUCUGCUACUGCCGCCGGGUGGGUCAGUCCUGCAGCCACAGGCACACCUAGCCCCAACCUCGCUCCCAAGGCUGCAAAAACAAACGAGAAGCAACCAGCCGGUGCAUGGAAAUCCAAAGUAAUGUGUUCUACCGCCAUUCCCUCAUGUGAACAAAGAAACACACGCAGGGAUUGUGUUAUAAACAACAUCAGCCUUUUCUUCAUUGUGUUGUGGUAUGUUUUAUGUUAUACUUGAUAUGACAGGUAUUUGAAUGAGUCAUGAUGAGGUAAAAUAUCAUUUUAAAUAUAGAGCAAUCCUUUCAAACUCACAAGGCAAAGUAAAAUGAGACGGACAGGAAACGGCCAUAAACAAUGAGGCAAACCAUGAUGAAGUACAUGUUUAAAGCUAAAGCCUAUUAUCACUAAUCCAUAUGAUAACAUGGAAAUUAUAAUGAAGCAAUAGGCAUAGGUACUUUCUAAAUCCCCAGGGUGGGUAAAUAGAUAAUAAAUGUGAAAUAUAAUUUUAAUAAUUUCAAUCAUUUUAAGAAAAUAUGUAAAUAUUCAGUCCUAUGGUAAUUAUAGAUUAUUUCAUAAGUAUAUAAUUGCUAUGUACCUCAGUGAAUGACAUAUUUUAUUAGGUUAUGUUUUGGAAUGUACCCUCCUUAAGUGGCUGAAGUUCAUUCAUGUAUAGUUUACUUAGAAUGUCUGUUGAAACAAUGUGAAAAUAAAGCAAAGAAAAUAUAAAUUAACAAUUAAUUAAUUAGUCCAUUAAUUUCAAACUAUGUUAUUCUUAAAGUCCAAAUUAUUAUUAAUAGGUAUUUGUAACUAAAAAAUGUCACAUGCACAAAAGUUUGUCAACUUUCAGCGUGAAUGUGAGUCUAAUAAGCCUGAGAUAAAAGCAGCAAUCUGAUCUGCCGUCAGUCACAAUAAUCCAGUUUGAUUCACACUAUGGGACUGUGGGAAUUGAUAACAAUCAAGCUCUUGUUUGACUUUUUAAUGACACUUGUUGCCAGCCAGCUGACUGAAUCCUUGGAUUUACUGCUCGAAAAAAGCGCACCGUGAACUGCUGUUAAUGGAUAUUUGGAAGAGAACAUCUGUCCUCAGUUGAUCUUCUUGUUCUAAAACAAAGUCACAACUAAACAACAACAGUUGCCUGAGUGUCUAGGCAGAUAACAAUGUCCCCUAGGCUCUUUAGAGACAUCCUGUCAAACAAAUUGGCCGUGCUUGAUUAAGUGGAAACCAAGGCAUUACAAGGGGAAAUACAAGGGAAAUUGUUGGGGAAUAGAAUAUGGUACAUGGUGUUUCUGAUAUGUAAAAUUAGUUACUGAAAUCUGAUAUUUCACUCGGCUUAGGUUUGAUUAUACUCAUUAAUACAGAUAGUUUAAAAGGAUGGCAGUGUUUAGCUGCUCCUGUCGUAUAAAAACACACAAAAAAAAAAAAAAGAUACAGCCAUUGGAGCUGGUGAACACUAUUGGAAUAUAUAGUUAGUUGAACAAAAAUCAUGGUUGAUUUAUAUCUCUAAAGAGCCAUAUCAGCAAUUGGCAUGGGGUCUUAGCAAACCGGCCAAAUCCUUUAAUUCUAGAUUUGGACCAUGAUCAAUCC